AGCCGCUGACGGGAGACGGGCCUACGCCGGCAAACUGGCAGCCGGAACUCAGCUUGCCGGCCGGGGUUAAAGGUCUCUGCGGUUCGGAGGUCACAGGCUGCCGGCGCGGAGAUGGCGGAUAAGGAGAAGAAGAAGAAGGAGAGUAUUCUCGACCUUUCCAAGUACAUAGACAAAACAAUCCGUGUGAAAUUUCAAGGAGGGCGAGAAGCCAGUGGGAUUUUGAAAGGGUUUGAUCCACUCCUUAAUCUUGUAUUGGAUGGAACUAUAGAGUAUGUGAGAGAUCCUGAUGACCAGUACAAAUUGACUGAAGACACACGCCAACUUGGCUUGGUUGUGUGCAGAGGGACUUCAGUCGUUCUAAUCUGCCCGCAAGAUGGUAUGGAGGCCAUUCCAAAUCCUUUCAUCCAGCAGCAGGAUGGUUAGCUUGGAGACAGCUCACCACCAGAUCUCAGGAUUUCGAUGUAGUUGAUUUUAUACAUUAGCCAAAGCUGAUGUGUUUGAUGGGUCUUGUAAUAUCACCAGCAUUGGGAGGUUUCUAAAUGUGCUAAAGAGGACAAGUGGUUAGGGUGGCAAGCAAGAGUUUGUACUCUUUUCUUUAUCGUAUACAGAUCAAUCAUGAACUUAUUGCCAAGUUGUGUAUUACAGGACUGGUUUUAUUACCAGUAAUCUGAGAAGUGGUGUGUUUUCACAUGGAGCUAACUUCUAGAAAUGAAGCAAUGGCAGUGCAAAUUCUGAGCUUCAAAGAGCAAAAAACUGCAGAUUCUGGAAAUUUGAAAUAAUAGCAGAAAAUGCUUAGUAAGUCAUAAAGCAUCAGUGGAGAGAGAAACAGUUAAUGUUUUGGAUCAAUGACCUUUUUCAAGGUCAUUGCCUAAAACCAUAAUUCUUUCUCCACGGACGCUGUCUGACUUAGUAAGUAUUCCCAGUGUUUUAAUGCUAUUAUUUCAGGUUGCUGAGCUGCCUUGGGCACUGGAGUCAUAAUACACCACAAGCCCCGGCUGGAAGACUGGUGAAAAGACACUUCUGUUACAAAAACCAGCUGAUUUGGAAACCUGCAGUUUUAUACUUUUCAUUUACAUUGUUUAUUUAAAAUGAACCAACAUUUCUGGAGCUGCCUUUUAUUUUCUCGACAACUUUUAUUCAAUUCCUUUUUUUAAAAUAAUAAAGCUAUGUUGAAUGGUUAUUCCAGAUGUUUGUGAAUAACAUUUCAGUAACUUGUGUUGGAGUCUUGCUUAGAGCUUCAUUUAAUGUAAGUCUCUUUUAAGAUUUGGUUUGUUCCCUUGUUUACUUUUUGAAGCUGGACAUGGAUGUUAAACAUUGUCCAAUGUGUACAAUAAACUUGUUUUUCCAUUG